AAGGAAACCAUCAACCGAUAGCUCUAAUCGAAAAUGGGGAACCGGGGAAUGGAGGAUCUUAUUCCUCUGGUGAACCGCCUGCAGGAUGCCUUUUCAUCCAUCGGCCAAAAUGCGACUCUGGAUCUACCUCAGAUUGCUGUGGUCGGCGGGCAGAGCGCCGGGAAGAGCUCGGUUCUGGAGAACUUCGUUGGGAAAGACUUCCUACCACGUGGGUCUGGUAUUGUGACCCGUCGCCCCCUUGUGCUGCAGCUCAUGAACUGUCCCACAGAGUAUGCGGAGUUCCUCCAUUGCAAGGGCAAGAAAUUUACAGAUUUUGAUGAGGUGCGGCAGGAGAUUGAAGCAGAAACUGAUCGUGUAACUGGAGCUAACAAAGGGAUUUCUCCUGUACCCAUUAACCUGCGAGUUUAUUCUCCUCAUGUGCUUAACCUAACACUGGUGGAUCUACCGGGUAUGACCAAGGUACCAGUGGGAGAUCAACCUGCAGACAUCGAGUUUCAGAUUCGUGAGAUGUUGAUGCAGUUUGUCACCAAAGAGAAUUGUUUGAUGCUCGCUGUGUCUCCAGCAAAUUCAGAUUUAGCCAACUCUGAUGCUUUGAAGAUUGCCAAAGAGGUCGACCCUCAGGGCAUGAGGACCAUAGGCGUGAUUACCAAGCUGGACUUGAUGGAUGAGGGCACAGAUGCCAAGGACAUUCUUGAGAAUAAGCUGCUUCCCCUCAGAAGAGGUUACAUCGGUGUGGUGAACAGAAGCCAGAAAGACAUUGAUGGUAAAAAGGAUAUUAAUGCUGCUAUGGCUGCAGAAAGGAAGUUCUUUCUGUCUCAUCCUGCAUACAGGCACCUGGCUGACCGCAUGGGCACUCCCUACCUCCAGAAAGUCCUCAAUCAGCAACUGACCAACCACAUUCGAGACACACUACCAAAUUUACGGGCUAAGCUACAGAGUCAACUGCUCUCUAUCGAGAAAGAAGUGGAAGAGUACAAGAACUUCAGGCCUGAUGAUCCGUCACGUAAAACCAAGGCUCUGCUUCAAAUGGUACAGCAGUUCUCUGUGGACUUUGAUAAAUGUAUAGAAGGGUCUGGAGAUCAGAUCGACACAGCCGAGCUCUCUGGUGGUGCAAGGAUCAACCGUAUAUUUCACGAGCGCUUUCCCUUCGAACUAGUCAAGAUGGAGUUUAAUGAGAAAGAACUCCGCAAAGAAAUCAGCUACGCCAUUAAGAACAUCCAUGGCAUCAGAACGGGGCUCUUCACCCCUGAUCUGGCUUUUGAAGCUAUAGUGAAAAAGCUGAUCCUUAAGCUGAAGGGGCCUUGCCUGAAGUGUAUAGAUAUGGUAGUGAGCGAACUGACCUCCACCAUUCGAAAGUGUAGCCUAAAGCUGGCUCAGUAUCCAAUGCUCCGAGAAGAGAUGGAAAGAAUUGUCACUCAGCAUAUUCGGGACAGAGAGAGCCGCACUAAGGAACAGGUGUUAUUAUUGAUUGACAUUGAGCUAUCCUACAUGAAUACCAAUCAUGAAGACUUUAUUGGUUUUGCCAACGCUCAGCAGAGGAUUAAUCAAAUGAACAAGAAGAAGGCCGCCGGUAAUCAGGAUGAGAUCAUGGUGAUCAGGAAGGGCUGGCUCACCAUCAACAACAUUGGCAUUAUGAAGGGUGGGGCCAAAGAGUAUUGGUUCGUUCUCACUGCUGAGUCCCUGUCCUGGUACAAGGAUGAUGAGGAGAAAGAGAAGAAGUUCAUGCUGCCUGUGGACAACCUGAGACUGAAGGAUGUGGAGAAAGGCUUCAUGUCCAGCAAACAUAUUUUUGCCCUCUUCAACACUGAACACAGAAACGUGUACAAAGAUUACCGUCAGCUGGAGCUUGCCUGUGAGAGUCAGGAGGAUGUUGAUGCUUGGAAGGCAUCAUUCCUCAGAGCUGGAGUUUAUCCUGAACGAGUCACGGAGAAGGAAGGAAAGAGUGAUGGAGGAGAUGAAAAUGGCUCAGACAGUUUUGGUCACAGCAUGGACCCUCAGCUGGAGCGACAGGUAGAGACCAUUCGUAAUCUGGUCGACUCUUACAUGGCCAUCGUCAACAAGACUGUGCGUGACUUAAUGCCCAAGACAAUCAUGCACCUUAUGAUCAACAGUACCAAGGAAUUUAUCAAUGCAGAGCUGCUGGCACACCUGUACUCCUGUGGGGACCAGAACAGUUUAAUGGAGGAGUCCCAGGAGCAGGCCCAGCACAGAGAUGAGAUGCUGCGAAUGUACUUCGCUCUGAAGGAGGGGCUCGGUAUCAUUGGAGACAUUAGCACUUCCACAGUGUCCACCGCCAUGCCCCCACCUGUCGAUGACUCCUGGCUACAGGUGCAGCGUGGAGGCUCUGGAGGAAGGUCUCCAGCUACCAGUCCAACUCCCAACCGCCGAGCUCCACCCGGACCCCCUGCUCGGCCUGGCUCUCGUGGCCCUCCCCCUGGUCCUCCUCCUGCAGGUGGCCCCCCUGUGCCCUCUCGCCCUGGAGCCUCUCCAGACCCCGGCAGUGGGCCUCCUCCAGCUGUGCCCUCCAGGCCCAACCGUGCACCCCCCAGUGUGCCCAGCCGCCCAACCAGAGGCAGUCCCACUCGACCUGAGAGCCCCCUGCCACCAUUCGACUCCUAGAAGAAACUUUUCCCCUUUUUUGUCAUAAUUCUGCAUCAUCUUUUCACCUCUUCCAUCUCCACCUGGCCACCAUAUCCAACCUCUGCUCUGUGAAAUAUAAGGAGUACAAUACAAUUCUUCAAAUUAUUUUAUGGAUGAACAGUUCAAGACUUUCUUAACAUAUCUCUUUAAAUGUUGUCUGUACUUUCUCAGAAGCUAUGCAACAAAAAUGUUUGUUUUGAUUUUCUUUCACAAGUUAUUCCCAUGCUAUAUUACCCAGUUAUUAACCUGCUGUUUCCAAGGAUUAAUUCAUAUUUCAAAACAUUGAUUUAAAGUCUAAGAAGAGCAUCAGUGACUGUUGUAGAUUCUUUACACAAUUUUUUUAGAUGCCCAGACAAAAAGUGUUUUGACAUUGUAUUGCUUUUCUCUGUUUUCUUCUUCCUAUCGUAGUGGUCAUGGGGGUGAGUGACAACUUGAAGUCACAAUACACAACUUCCUUUUGUUCUACCCAUACAUCUGUGUGAGAUACUGUGAAUUGUACCAGUGAGUUUUGUGUUUGAACCCUUCACGUAUUUUUCUGUUUAAAAUUAUACCAUAAAAAACACUGAGUAGUAUGUACUCCAUAACUGUUUCAUAUCCUUCAUAUUCAUCUACAAUUGUGUUGUUUAUGUGUCUCACGUUGGAUGGGCAUUUUACUUUGCUCCCUUAUUGUGCAAUGUACAACCAUGUACCUAGGAUGUAUUUAAAUUAAAUUAUUAUGAAGAUGUGUAUAAAUGUAAUACAAGUUUAAAUGAUAUAUUUAUUGCAGUGACGUUGUUUUAAUACUGUAGCUUGAAACACAUUUUUGUUUUAUUAAUUG